AGCGGGCAGGGGUGAGGGGUGAGGGGCGAGGGGCGAGGGGCAGGGGCUGCGUGGUCGGGUUGGGGGCCCCGUUAGUAGUAGAAGAAGGGGCCGGGGACAUGGCGUGGAGUUUAGGCGAGGGGGAGGGUCAGACGAAGAUUUGCUUGCUUGCUAGAACGCGGAGCGGAGCGGAUUGGAGCCUUUUCGUUUGUUUGAUUCGAUCGAAGGAAGGGGAGAGAAGCGAUCAAUCGAUGGACCGAAGAGCUCUGUGUGUGUUUCUCUAGUAAGAAGAAAAGGCCGAGCCGAUCGACCACCUGCGGGCCGUGUCGUCGUUGUAUAGUCUUCGGCUUUCUCCACACCAUCCCCGGAGCGGAGAGAGACUGGGAGAGAGAGAGAGAGAGUGUGUGUGUGUGUGUGUGCUUGUGUGUUCUUUUCCGUGCCAGAGCUUGUGGCGUCAAAGUCUGCGCACUAGUAUUCUAUUUUGCGCUUUUUUGUUUGUGUGUGCGUUGCGUGGUUUUUGCUCGCUCGUGGUAUUCGGAUGAGGGCGAUCGUAGGUCGGGAAACCUAGAGCCAGGGCCGCUUUCUCGCAAUUGGUUGGCUCGACGCGGACGAGAACAAGUGGGUGGGCAGAAAAAGUCGGAGCCGAGGCCAUAGUCUCUCGGCGCGAGAGCAGUGGGCGAGGCAGAGUCACUCACAGACAGGCCGCCAGGCGACCAGUUCUCCUCCUCGCACAGGAGCAGCAGCAACGAGUAAACGCUAGUGGAACCGCGUGUUGGUGCCUCCCCGGCGAGGUUAUGGAUGUUGCCCGUCGCUCUUGUUCUCUGAGCACUACUUCGACCUCUGCUGCUACUGGCUCCCACUUCUCCUCGUGCCGAGGUCUCGUGUACGCUGUUUGGUGUAUUUAGACGCGGAGCAGAGCAGAGGAGGGCGGACGAGAGUUGAUAAGAGCAGAGCAGAGUGGAGCGCAGUUCUUGAGAUUGGAGAGCGAGCGAGCGAGCGAGCGAUUCGGGGUCUCAUGUCUUGGUUAGCCGGCUCUGUAGCAAUCCAUCGUUGAGGAAUCGAGGAGCUUCAUCGUCGACGCACACGCACACCCUUACCCUCGCUUAGAGUAUAACCCGGCCCAUUGCGGCCCGUGCCGAAUCGCAGGGCGUCGCGCGUUCUGAGAUUGGUGGGGUGUCGGUCGGUGAGUAAGUUUGUAGUCCCUAGGAAGAGAGAGCAGUUUUGCUGCUCUCAGUUCUAGAACCUGUAGCUGAAGAAGUUGCUGCGCAGGCAGGCAACAUGGGCAACACUAUGGGAAAGAAGAGGAAGAUGGGAGGUAGCCUUUCGUCGAAGAGAUUCGGGGGCCCCGAUGUUCAUGCCAAGAAGGACGGAUUGAGCCCUCUGGGGAGGAGCUACUCAAUGCCCUUGCACGCGAAGCCCAAGUCGGACAAUUACCACGUCGUGGCGCUCACUUCGAGCACGUACGGGAUUCUGAAAGUGGAUGCGACCAAGGACCUCGACGAUGCUCGGACUCCGGUAGGGAAGAGCCGCUUGAAAGAAGGCUCUGGCAUCGAAGGGCUCGAGCAGUUGAAGGACCUCGACACGGCAGCCGGCGGCAUUUCCAUGCCCUGGUCGGAGGUGGAGGAGAUUCUGAACCGGAUGAAGCCGAUCAAAGGAGGCCCGACGAAGGAGAGCGAGAAGGAAAGGCUGGUGACUGUGACAGAAGAAGUGCUGGGGGAGCCGGAGACAAUCAACAUGUGGGAACUGAUGGAGGGAUUAGACGACGAUGCUCGGAGCCCUUCGCCUUUGUAUACGUCUCCUUUGAAUCUUCAGCCCGUGCUUCCGGCACCUCCGAAGAAGGGUCGGAGUUUAGAAUCCUCGCUUUCCUUUUCUGCCGUGCACUCUGUCACCGAGGUCGAUGCGCCCACGCUGAAAGCUGCAAUUCACGCUGAGGCUGCGGCGGAGCAAGCCUGGAAACCUCCACAGUCCACGGAGAACACCGUCGCAGGGAGAAUUCACGCCCCGGCGCUGUCGUCGCGCCCUGGAUCUGGCAAAGAGAAUGCCGAACCCGUCAAGCCUCUUGUGAGAGACGCAGCAGCCGCAUUCACUCUGACGACCGAGAAACAGGUUCCCGUCGGCAUUUCCAGCAAGGGCGGAGUGAGCGCCAUCGUCAACGCACUGAACAACCGGAGUGCGGCAGGUUCCAAACCUCAGCAGCAGCAGCAGACGGAUACCAGGAAGGCCCUUUCCAACUCGGUAGCCACACCCGAGGCCAUCGAUGUGGCCGCUUCUCAGGAUCCUACAUCGCUAGGAUUGGAGCCGCAGUCGAGCUACACGUCUCCCUUCAGCUUUCAGACGACGUCCUCGGACGAUUCGGACGAUCACUUGCCUCCGGGCAGUCCCUUAUUCGAUCCUGAGCUUCUCGCGUCUUUCGAGAAGGCCAUGGAAGAAGUGUCGGAAGACGAGUGGUACGCCGUGAGGCGCAGCGAUGCGGACGUCGCCUCGACGUCCGGGAGCUCUUCGGACGGAGAGGGUCCCAAUGGCAGGAUUGCCAAUGGCAAGAUUAGCUCCGUCGUCGUCGAAGCCUCGCCUCUGGCCCGGAACCCCGAGAGCGACGCGAACUCGAGAAAGAUGUUCUCCAAAGUGGCCCCGUUCGAAUUCGAGAAGAAGAGACCCGUGGCUCAGGUAGAUCCCUUGCUCAAGUUCGAGAGAAAGUGUCCUCCUGGCGGAGAGGGCCGAGUCGUGCUCUACUUUACCAGUCUGAGAGGAAUCCGGAAGACCUUCGAGGAUUGCAGCCACAUGAAGAUGAUAAUCAAAGGAUUUAAUGUUGCUAUAGACGAGAGAGAUGUAUCGAUUCACGCCGAAUUCCGGGAAGAGCUGAGAGAGCUUCAAGGCAAGAUGGUUCCCGUACCUAGGCUGUACAUCAAGGGCCAUUACAUCGGUGGCGCGGAGGAAGUGUCAUUGCUGCACGAGGAUGGCACUCUCGCCAAGCUGCUGGAAGGCCUGCCUCACCAAACGUCAUGGGAGCAGUGUGAUGGCUGCGGAGGAGUGAGAUUCGUUCCGUGUUCAGAGUGCAGUGGGAGCUGUAAGGUGAUUACUGAGGAUGGCGAGGUCGCGAGGUGUACAGAAUGCAACGAGAACGGGUUGAUGAGAUGCCCGAUUUGCCCCUGAUGGAGGUGCGGGAGACUAGACAUGUAAGAAAUCGCCUUUCGCAUCCGUGAGUUACCAUCGCAGAGCUGCGUGGAGGAGGGGGUGUUCCUUCAGGAUGGAUCCAGCGUCCGCAACCGAUAAAUUGUGGGAUCAGGGCUCUCCUCCUUCCUCCUUAUUUCAAUCGAGGUUCACAACGUAAUGUCACAUUCUAACUGGAGAAUUGGUUCUGACCCCGUCUGACCACUAUCGAUACAACGAUGAAUUUUUAGUCUCCAUCUGCCCCGAGAUGAGGAGAAGCGGUUUAGCUGCCUGCACCAUUGCCACCAUGCUGGAGACUGCAAGAUGGGCUUCUUAUGGUUGAUCUGGUCGUCUUCUCGUCAUCAACGGCUGACAGAUUUGCUGAAUAUACAGACAGAGGCAGUGGUCGGUGAAUUUUAUUGGUGUUGGAAUUGGGUCGCAGCUCAAUUGUAUGCUCAUUGAACUGUGAUAUCUUGUCAUAAUAGCAAUCGUUAUAGGAAAUUUAUUCCGUGUACAACAUGAUAGUAGCGAGCAUUACAUAGAAAUCUACUGCUAACCUAACAGCAACUAGUUUAGAAGUUUUGUACCCGCAUUUUGAGUAUCAGACAAGUUGCCGAGCGGCCCUUAUCUCUGAAAAGUACCGCAGCCGCUUCCAGUUACAGCCUGUUAGUUUUGAACUCCGCAUCAGGGGUCGAGGCCGACUAAGGGGCCGGCCUGGCCCGAUUGUGUAUAUAUCAAAGGCUUGCACUCUUUGCCUUGUAAAGGGACCAGUGGUUGGUUGUAUGGUGAGGGUGAAAUAAUUAUUUCGACCAUUCACGAAGUAAAAAA